CACAAACACUUCCGGUUUGAAGGUUGUGUUGUCAAGAUGUCUGUCCAUGAUCAACUUGCUCAAUGUUUGUGUGAUCUAAUCAGUUCUCUCAUUACCCCAGGUUGUUGUGGACAUUGCUCCUGCCAUGCGUGUUUCUGUGCAUGCUCCUGACCGCCACCCUGGUCGUGCUCGUCAUGGGGGUGCGCGUGUGGCUGCAGGCAAACAGGAACGCACGGCGAGCGCGUGAUGGGCGUCCCACAGUGGCUUUCUUUCACCCGUACUGCAACGCGGGAGGUGGUGGCGAGCGAGUGCUGUGGUGUGCCCUCAGAGCUUUGCAGAAUAGGUACCAAGAUGUCAACUUCAUGGUGUACACGGGCGACCAGGGUGUGACAAACCAGCAGAUUCUUGAUGGCGCCCGGCGGCGCUUCAACAUCCUUUUACCUCGACCCGUCCAGUUUGUCUUCCUCAAACACCGCCUAUUGGUCGAGGCCAGCCUCUUCCCCCACUUCACUCUGAUUGGUCAAAGUGUAGGCUCAAUCUUCCUUGGUUGGGAAGCCCUUACGGAGUUUGUCCCAGAUGUCUACAUCGACUCCAUGGGUUACGCCUUCACUCUGCCUGUGUUUAAAUACCUAGGGGGUUGUCACGUGGCUAGCUACGUGCACUACCCCACCAUCAGCACAGACAUGCUGUCGGUGGUGCGCGAGAGGAACCCCAGGUUCAACAACGCAGACUACAUCUCCAACAACCUGUUACUGAGCGCGGUCAAGGUUGUCUACUACUGCCUGCUGGCGCUGCUCUAUGGUCUGGCCGGCUCCUGCAGCGACGUGGUCAUGGUCAACUCCAGCUGGACCCUGAACCACAUCCUGACCCUAUGGCGAGCGACCAACCGCACCUGCCUAGUCUACCCGCCGUGCGACACCCACGCCUUCCUCCAGCUCCCGUUGGACGAGGACUCGGACCGGAAGUGCCAUUCCAUCGUUUCCAUUGGUCAGUUUCGACCGGAGAAGGACCAUCGGCUUCAGAUUCGCGCCUUCCGGAAGGUGCUGCAGAAGAAAGAAGCGGGGCUAGUUGCGGGGCCYGGAGGAAGGGAGUCGCUGAGGUUGGUGCUGAUUGGUGGAUGCCGGAACCAAGAGGAUGAGGAUAGGGUGUUGAUGCUGAGAGGGCUGUGCCAGGAGCUGGGCGUGGCGGACAGGGUGGAGUUUAAACUCAACGUGCCGUUUGAGGAGCUGAAGAGGGAGUUGGGGGAAGCUACGGUGGGACUGCACACCAUGUGGAACGAACACUUUGGGAUAGGGGUGGUGGAGUGCAUGGCGGCUGGGACUGUCAUCCUGGCCCACAAGUCUGGAGGCCCCAGGCUGGACAUUGUGGUGCCCUACGAGGGCCGCCAGACYGGCUUCCUGGCCGAGGAUGAGGACGGCUACGCAGACGCCAUUGAGCGGAUCCUGGCCCUGUCACCCUCGGCUCGCCUGGAGAUCCGACGCAACGCCCGCCUCUCGGUCACCCGCUUCUCCGACCAGGAGUUUGAGGCCUGCUUCCUGGCCGCCAUGGAGCCUGUCAUGGGGACACUGGAGCGAUGAGGGGUGUGGGUGGAAGUGUGUCACGCUCAUGGG